AUGGCCUCAGAAGCCCUAGCCAUAGGUACCGGAGCCGCCCGGGCCACAGGCCAUGGGGCACAGCCGGCGCUGGCUCUGCUGCUGCUGCUGCUGCUGCUGGGGCCAUGGCUGCCAGCAGUGGUCCCCAGGGCUCCGCCGCUCUUCAACAUCAGUCUAGACGCGGCCCCGGAGCAGCGCUGGGUACCGAUGCUGCAGCACUACGACCCGGACUUCUUGCGCGCCACAGUGGCGCAGGUCAUCGGCGACAGGGUUCCCCAGUGGGUAUUCAAGAUGAUCGAAGAGGUGGUGUCGAAGGUGGAGAGCUUCCUGCCCCAGCCCUUCACUGACGAGAUCCACGGCAUGUGCAACUUCCUCAACGUCAGCCUGGCCGAGGGUAUCUUGGUCAACCUGGCCUAUGAGGCCUCCGCAUUCUGCACGAGUAUUGUGGCCCAAGACUCCCAAGGCCACAUUUACCACGGCCGGAACCUAGACUACCCUUUUGGAAAUGCCUUACGAAAGGUGACGGUGGACGUGCAGUUCAUAAAGAAUGGACAGAUCGCAUUCACAGGCACUACUUUUGUUGGCUAUGUAGGACUGUGGACAGGUCAGAGUCCUCACAAGUUUACAAUUUCUGGUGAUGAACGAGAUAAAGGCUCGUGGUGGGAGAAUAUGAUCGCCGCGCUCUCUCUGGGACACUCUCCGAUCAGCUGGCUUAUCCGCAGAACCCUGAGCGAGUCAGAGUCCUUUGAAGCAGCUGUUUAUGCUCUGGCCAAGACGCCCCUCAUCGCCGAUGUUUAUUACAUCGUUGGGGGCACAUCGCCCCGGGAGGGAGUAGUCAUCACCAGGGACCGAGGUGGCCCAGCAGACAUUUGGCCUCUUGACCCUUUGAAUGGAGCGUGGUUCCGAGUUGAGACAAAUUACGACCAUUGGAAGCCUGUACCCAAGAGGGAUGACCGAAGAACACCAGCCAUCAAAGCCCUAAAUGAGACCGGGCAAGCUCAUAUCAGCCUGGAGGCCCUUUUCCAGGUUUUAUCCGUGUUUCCUGUUUAUAACAACUACACAAUUUACACGACUGUGAUGAGUGCUGCCGAGCCUGACAGGUACAUGACUAGGAUCAGAAACCCAAGCUGAAGGUGGCCUAUUAUCAAGGCGCUGCGUUGAAAAGACUAAGACAGAGUAUUGUACUGUUUUGUGAGCAUUGUGGGCACUUGCCUCACUCAGCUCUUCUGCCCUGCGGAUGUGGGGGGAUCUCUUGGCGUGUGUCUGGAGGAA